AUGUCAAACUUACCAACAAAUUGUGUUCCUAAUCCGUUCAAAGUUCCAGAUGUCACCAUUCAUGAAGCAACAGAUAACAGUUCAGAAAUAGUGAGCGAUUUAGACAGAGGAAGAGAUACAGAUUCUGAUGCAUUGAGUUCUGUUAACCUCUUAGAUAUGAAUCCGGAAAGAGGACUUAGUGAUGUACUAUCUCGUAGUGGCUUAGGAAAUUCUGUUUCCAAUGUAACACUACAUAAAGAACCAAAAUCUGGUUUUGGAUUGGUAUUAGUUGAUGGUGAGCGCACUAGUUUAGAUCAACCUGGUGUGUCGUGA